AUGGCCCCAAGAGCCCAAGUAGAGCGCCAACCGGGCGGGAUCCCGGAGCUGCGACCCCAGCAGGCCUUCCCCAGGGCCGGCCUGCCCACUCCGAGACCCUCGGCGGGGCCGGCCUGGACCAGGCGGCUCACUUCGCUCCCCGUCCCACCCUCCUCCGAGCCCCCACGACCAAGCGUAGGCGCUCACAACACGCGGGUGGCGUGGCCCGCAGGUUUUACUGGGUGGAAGCUAUCGGCUGAGCCGCGUUGCGCAGCUGCCAGCUCUCGUCUCGCUCCCUCCCCUAGUGACAGGAGAGGACGCGCCUCCAUCUCCAGGAGUGGAAUCCGGGUCCCCAAAGAGCCUGAACUCGAAGCUCGGUGUCUCUUAUUUCCGCCUCCGCUGAGUUGCCCCGGAGCCCGAGGGGACUUCACCCACGGGCCGUAG